UGCAGCAAAGGUCCAGAUAAAUUAAUAAGAUACAAAGAAACACAAGCUGGAUUAUUCUAAUGAUUUUUGCUUAGACACAAAGAAGCAUCUUUAAGUGUGGUGGGGUGGUGCUAUUCUGCAACUUCUGCAGAUUUUCUGAUCUCAAGACAAUAAAUUUUAUUUUAGUUUAUUCUCAACCAACUUCAUGUGCUCUUUUUCACCUUUCUUUGAAAACAAAAGUGAUUAUUAAACUAAGUGCUUCUCUGAGUUUGAGUUCAAACCAAGAAAGCACUCACAUUCACUAUUGAGAAGUGAAGAGUUCAAAACCCAAUGACUCAAACCCAAGAAGAAAAGUUUGGAAUUUGAGGCAAAUGUUUUCAUUUUUCCAAUGCUUAACCCAAUGUUUGAUGUUAUUCUUCUUCAAACCAUUCUUCUUUUUGGCUUCUCUUUCUCUUCUAAUAUCAACCAUGAAGUCACAACUCUCUUCUCAUGGCUUCAUACUUCAACUUCAACUUCAACACCACCACCUUUAUCUUUCUCUAACUGGAACAUUCUUGAUACAAAUCCAUGCAACUGGACCUACAUAACAUGUUCCUCAACUUCCUUUGUAACUGAAAUCAACAUUCAAUCUAUCCCUCUUCAACUUCCUAUACCUUCCAAUCUCUCUUCAUUUAUCUUUCUUAACAAGCUUAUCAUUUCUGAUUCCAAUCUCACUGGAACCAUUCCAUUUGACAUUGGUCAUUGUUCUUCACUUACUGUCAUUGACCUUAGUUUCAACAAUCUUGUUGGUUCCAUUCCUUCAAGUAUUGGAAAACUCAAAAAUCUUGUCAACUUGUCUUUGAAUUCAAACCAACUUACUGGAAAAAUCCCUUAUGAGAUUAGCAACUGCACUAGUCUCAAAAGUCUUGUCCUUUUUGAUAAUCAGUUAAGUGGGAGUAUCCCUUUUGUGAUUGGAAAGUUGUCAAAACUUGAAGUCCUUAGAGUAGGAGGAAACAAGGAUAUUGUUGGAAAUAUACCUCAAGAGAUAGGAGAAUGUAGUAAUUUGACAGUUUUAGGGCUGGCUGAUACAAGAAUUUCAGGUUCUUUGCCUGUUUCUUUAGGUCAGCUUAAAAAGCUUCAAACUUUGUCAAUUUAUACUACUAUGAUAUCUGGUGAAAUUCCAAGAGAGUUAGGUAACUGUUCUGAACUUGUUGAUUUGUUCCUAUAUGAAAAUAGUUUAUCAGGUUCUAUUCCUAAUGAGAUUGGUAAGUUAAAAAAGAUGCAACAGUUGUUUUUGUGGCAGAAUGGUCUUGUUGGUGAUAUUCCUAAUGAGAUUGGUAAUUGUUCAAGUUUGAGAAACCUUGAUCUAUCCUUGAAUUCUUUAUCUGGAACUAUACCUUUGUCUUUAGGGAGUCUUUUAGAGCUUGAAGAGUUUAUGAUUAGUGAUAAUAAUGUAUCUGGUUCAAUACCUGCAAGUCUUUCAAAUGCUGAAAAGCUUCAACAGUUGCAAGUUGACACAAAUCAGCUUUCAGGUUUGAUUCCACCUGAGAUUGGGAAGUUGUCAAAUUUGAUGGUGUUUUUUGCUUGGCAGAAUCAGCUUGAAGGAAGCAUUCCUUCCAGUUUGGGAAACUGUAGUAAGCUACAAGCACUUGACUUGUCUAGAAAUUCACUCACUGGAAGUAUUCCUGGUGGACUGUUUCAGCUCCAAAACCUCACAAAAAUGCUUUUGAUUUCGAAUGAUAUAUCGGGUUCGAUACCCUCGGAAAUAGGAAGUUGCAGCUCUCUUAUAAGGUUGAGGCUUGGAAACAAUAGGAUUACUGGAAGCAUUCCUAAGACAAUAGGAAGUCUUAAGAGCUUGAACUUUUUAGAUCUAUCUGGGAACCGACUUUCUGGGCCGGUUCCCGAUGAAAUAAGAAGCUGCACACAACUGCAAAUGAUAGACUUCAGUACUAACAAUUUACAAGGCUCACUUCCAAAUUCCUUGUCAUCACUAUCUUCACUUCAGGUAUUGGAUGUAUCUUUUAACAAGUUUUCAGGUCCAUUACCAGCGAGUUUAGGCCGUCUUGUUUCUCUAAGUAAGUUAAUAUUAGGCAAUAACUUGUUUUCUGGACCAAUUCCUGCAUCACUAAGCCUGUGUUCAAAUCUCCAACUUCUUGAUCUUAGUGGAAACCAGCUCAGCGGAAGCAUACCGGCCGAGCUAGGACAGAUUGAAGCUCUAGAAAUUGCUCUCAAUCUUAGUUGCAAUUCAAUAAGUGGAACAAUACCACCUCAGAUAUCAGCUCUUAACAAGCUUUCCAUACUAGACCUUUCACAUAACCAGUUAGAAGGAGAUUUGCAAGCUCUUUCCGAGCUCGAUAACCUUGUCUCCCUCAAUGUUUCCUUCAACAAAUUUACCGGAUAUCUUCCGGAUAACAAGCUUUUCAGGCAACUAACAUCAAAAGACCUCACUGGAAAUCAAGGACUUUGCACUUCAGGUCAGGACUCAUGCUUUUUAAAGGAUUAUAGCAAGACUGAUAUGGCACUGAAUGAGAAGAAUGAUGUAAGAAAAUCGCGAAGGAUUAAGCUUGCCAUUGGUUUGUUGAUAGCCUUAACAGUAUUAAUGAUACUUAUGGGUAUAACUGCUGUCAUCAAAGCAAAAAGAACCAUUAGAGAUGAUGAUUCAGAAUUAGGAGACUCAUGGCCAUGGCAAUUCAUACCAUUUCAGAAGCUAAACUUUUCAGUGGAACAAGUACUGAGAUGUUUGAUCGAUAGGAAUAUAAUCGGUAAAGGAUGUUCUGGUGUUGUUUAUCGAGGUGAAAUGGAUAACGGCGAAGUCAUUGCUGUGAAGAAACUGUGGCCUAUAACAACUGAUGAAUUAGGAGAGGCAUUGAAGGAAUAUAAAAGUGGAGUUCGAGACUCGUUCUCAGCUGAGGUGAAGGCACUCGGCUCGAUCCGCCAUAAGAACAUUGUAAGGUUCUUAGGUUGUUGUUGGAACAGGAGAACAAGAUUGCUUAUUUUUGAUUAUAUGCCAAAUGGAAGUUUGAGCAAUGUACUUCAUGAGAGGACUGGAAAUUCUCUGGAAUGGGAACUUAGAUUCCGAAUUCUGUUAGGUGCUGCAGAAGGACUUGCAUAUCUACAUCAUGAUUGUGUUCCUCCUAUAGUCCACAGAGAUAUUAAAGCCAAUAACAUUCUUAUUGGACUUGAAUUUGAACCUUAUAUUGCUGACUUUGGCUUGGCCAAGCUUGUUGAUGAUGGUGAUGUCGGUCGGUCGUCCAAUACAGUUGCUGGUUCCUAUGGAUAUAUUGCUCCAGAAUAUGGCUAUAUGAUGAAGAUCACAGAGAAGAGCGAUGUUUAUAGCUACGGUGUAGUUUUGCUAGAAGUCUUGACUGGUAAGCAACCGAUUGAUCCAACGAUACCGGAUGGUUUACAUGUUGUUGAUUGGGUGAGACAGAAAAGGGGUAUUGAAGUACUUGAUCCUAGCUUACUCUCUAGACCAGAGUCAGAAAUAGAAGAAAUGAUACAGGCAUUAGGAAUAGCAUUAUUGUGUGUAAAUUCAUCUCCUGAUGAAAGACCAACAAUGAGAGAUAUAGCUGCCAUGCUCAAGGAGAUAAAGCAUGAAAGAGAGGAAUAUGCAAAAUUUGAUGUGCUUUUAAAAGGGUCUCCUGCAAAAGUUGUUGCAACAUCUUCAUCAGCAGCAUCAGUCAUGCAAAGUUUGAAUACAAAAUGCAACAACACAAGCUUCUCUGUGUCUUCACUGCUUCAUUCAUCUUCAAGUUCUAAGUUGGUUUUCAAAUGAUGAAUUGGAUAUGUAUUUCUAGCAAAGAAGCUUCUUUUUCUUUAUUAUUAUUAUUACUUUUUUUCUAAAUGAUCCUUCUGUUAUUGUUCUUUAUAUGUAUGUAAAUUUUGUUAUAGCUGAAUUAAAAUCAACAAAUAGAUUCAAAAACUACAAGUGUGGCUUUUGGUUGGGAGUGUCAUUAAUGUGUAAUCAAAUCUAAAUAGUUUGAACUUAUUGAUGUCAAAGUUCAAA